AUGGCCACCGAAGUCCUAGUGCCAUUCGCAGAACCACCUUAUCUCCGAGGCCUUCCGACUCCAUGGGUCACGCCUCAGCUUCUGGAAUGGCAAAAGAAGUGUCGCGCGUUCAUUGAAGAACACCUCACGAAACAUGCCUGGGAUUGGGAGAAGGAAGAGACCGUGCCUGAGCAUGUCUAUGGCGUUUUUGCAAAGCAUCACAUGUUAAUCCCGUCCCUACCUGCACCUCUACCAGUCAAGGAAUUGAAGGCCAGCGGCAUCCACGACAUUCUCGGCACGAAGGUAGAAGACUUCACUCAGUAUCAUGGUUACAUCUACGGCGACGAAAUGAUCCGGAAUGGAUUGGUGGGACCUUCAGGUAGUUUGACGACUGGAAUUUCGUUUGGUGUACCACCGAUUAUCAAAUUCGGCAACGAGCAACUGAAGAGAAGGUUCCUGCCGGAUCUCUUCAAGGGUACGAAACGAGCUUGUAUUGCCAUUACAGAACCUGAUGCUGGUUCUGACGUGGCGAAUGUCCAAACGACUGCGGUCAAGAGCCAGGACGGGAAGAAGUACAUUGUCAAUGGCACGAAGAAGUGGAUCACGAAUGGUGUCUGGUCAGAUUGGGCUUGUAUGGCUGUGCGAACAGGUGGAUCAGGGCCCGGCGGCUUAUCUCUGCUCGUCGUGCCACUGAAAGGCCACAAAGGAGUCGACAUGCGCCGCCUCAAAGUCUCGGGCCAAAUCAGUGCCGGAACGACUUUCAUUGAACUGGACGACGUUGAAGUCCCCGUCGAAAAUCUCAUCGGCGAAGAAGGACAAGGAAUGCGCUACAUCAUGACGAACUUCAACCACGAGCGACUCUCCAUCGCUAUCAGUUCAACGAGGCAGGCACGUGUAGCGUUAUCAGCUGCUUUUGCGUAUGUAUUGAAGAGGGAAGCUUUUGGGAAGCCGUUAUUCGAGCAGCCUGUCGUUAGACAUCGCUUGGCCAAGGCGGGCACGCUGUUGGAGAGUCAGAGUGCUUGGGUGGAGUUGUUUGUGUAUCAAAUGGCUAAUAUGAAGAAGGAAGAGGCGGAUGUGGAAUUGGGUGGAUUGACUGCUGCUGCCAAGGCCAAUGCUGGUAUUGUGUUGAAGGAGUGCGCGGACUGCGCGGCUCUUCUUUUUGGAGGAAAUGGGUGAGUUUCAGCAGCAAUGUCUGAUGUCUCACUGUUGAGAAGAUGUACUGACCGCUGUGAUAGCUACACUCGCUCUGGGCAAGGCGAAAUCGCAGAACGAAUGUGGAGAGAAGUGAAUGGAAACAGGAUUCCUGGCGGAUCGGAAGAUGUGAUGCUUGACCUUAUGGUGCGGCAACUGGGAAAGAACUACCAGCGCAAGCUGAAGGAGUUGGAGAAGAGCUCUGGGUCGAGGCUUUGA